AUGAACUUUUGUUCGGUGCUACACACUGCUGUCAAACUUUCGCGGCGCGGCGGACGAAGUUUGUACCAGAAGAUCGCGGCCUAUUUCCUUGCUGCAAUAGGGUUUUCAUCCUUUCAACGUAGACAACGUAGUCCAGUUGAAUUUUUAAGCCUAGCUCCUUUUGAGAAAAAUCAUUGCUUUUCUGAUAUACCAGGUGUACCACUUGAGACAUUUUUUCAUUCGUGGCAAAGGAAUCCGAAAGCCACAGGGGCGAGAUCGACCAAGUGGUUAGAGCGCGAAUUUACUGAUCCGAAGCUUCGUGGUUCGAACCCAACCUCUACCUCUCGAAUUCCCUCGUAUAGGCUUUGGCAACCUGGCAGUAUCCCAGCCCUCGUGCCUCCUUUUUGUGGCAUGGUAGCUAGGAACCAAAAUGGUUUGGACUUUCGACACGACAUAGAAUUUUGUAUAGAUCCAGUGACUGGUUACAGACGCCUACAAUUUGCAGAUGAAAGACAAAUAAAGAAAGCCAUCGGAAAGUUAUUCGCACUGCUCCGAGCCCAUUAUCUGGAUGAAGCAGAGGCAUUGUUGCGGAAAUACGCUGUGCACAAUUUGGAUAAUAAGGAGUACGCGAUCAAGGUUAUUGAUGGCAUCCGUUCUCGGCAUGAGAUGGAGCUCGCGAGAUCUGAAGUUUGUUUGAUGGCUCGCCUCAGUCAUGAGAAUAUAAUUCAGUACGUCACUUCAUGGAUUGAGUAUGGAUUUGUCCCACCUGCUCAA